AUGGACUCAGAGUCCGUCUUCUCUCCCACGCUGCCCGUAAUGCCGCUGCUGGAGUUUCCCGCUUCCUUCGACACUUUCGGAACGCGCGGGUGCUUCUGCAGUGCGGAUCAAUUUCAACAACCAGUAGACUCCUGCCUGGUCACAAAUUGUCCAUUGGUCGCGAGCUUCCGCAACAAGCAAAACAACAAGAACGACACGUGCUCGACCCUUUCGCAUAGUCUCCGGCCCAUAAGCUUAUGUACCGACCGUACCGAUUACCUUGGGUACUGGGACGAAGAGAUGAACCUCAACUACUUCGGCCGCAUCGGCAACCAGGUCAAGGUGCGCGGAUUCAGAGUCAAGCUCGAAGAGAUCGGACAUGCUGUCUCUACCGCGGCCGAUAUGGACCCCAAGGUGCAAAACGCCGUCGUUAUAACCAUGAACGAUGACCCUCAGGGG